AUGACUUCAUGGAUCACUUCCUGGCUGCCUGAGAUCCCGUCCCUCAACUUCGCUCUGCCGACGAGCAGUAUCCAGCAACGGUUCAUCUCGUUCGUACUCAAGAAGUCGCUCGGGCACUUCUUGAAGCCUGGUCAACUCGAUGCACACCAGAUCGAGUCUCAGAUUGGCUCGGGAUACGUCCAUGUAAAUGAUCUGGAGCUGGAUAAUGAGGCAAUCAACGGGCUUAUUGGGGGCUUACCCAUCGAACUGCAAGGGGGAUCUCUUGCGAAGGUGUCUGCUCGCAUACCUUGGCCUAACCCACUUACCUCAACACUUGGACUCUCACUGGAUUCACUGCAUCUCACAUUCCAUUUCCGACCUCCGUCAGCACCUCAGGAACCUCCGAACCUGGCAGACUCUGUGGUCUCAGUAGCGGAGUCCUUCAUCCAUGAAGAACUGAACGCACGCGAAGAGGCCCUCCUCCGUCAAUCAUUCCACCAGGAUGCACCAGACCUUGAUCACGACUUGCCUGGAGGGUUUGAUCCAUUCUUGUCCGCGCCGGAGGAGGAAGAGGAAGUGCACCCAGACAACGACCCUGCCGGCGUAUCUAUAUUCGCAUCGCUCAUCGAGCGCUUGCUAGCGCGCUUCGAAUUCGAUGCUACCAAUGUCCAGAUAUCGCUUGUCCUACCCGAGCAUACCGCGUUCACGCUCACAGUUCCCGAAAUACGGUAUCGCACCGAGGAGCAAGCACCCAUCGAGGAGGGAGCACCCUCAGGGCAGUCACGGACAUUGACUAUACGGGGUAUGUCCGUCAGCGUGCGCGAUCUCCAACCUCCGCCCCCGCCAUUGCGAGGACCUGCGACGGCUUCGGGUACGCCUACGUCUUCCCUAUAUCGACGACGCUCCCCUUCACCUGCAUCCUCAUCAUCGUCCCUGGAUGACGAUACGCAGAUGAUGAUGUCCCAGUCGCUCGCCUUUCUGCCCCCACGGCCGGCAUCUCCAGCAAGCUCGGUGGCGAGUAGCAUGUACCAGAGCGCAGUGUCCACUGCCGACAGAGACGAGCCGCCAUCAGCGGAAGAGACCGAAUUCGCACCCGAACUUCCCGCAGGUCGUGUCCCAGAACCUGCCGGCAGAGCUGAGGUUGAGCCACCUGCAGCAGAAUCCCCUGCAGCACCCUCGUACAAUGCGGCAGAAGAGACCAUCCUUAGCUUCGAUUCCGAACCUAUCUGCUUGACAUUGACAACGCCUCCGCCUACGGAGAAUGGGCCUCAGGUGCUUCAGUUGUCGAUAUCAAUCGGUCUUCUCUCGUGCGCCAUCCGAGCCUGGCAGAUUUGUGGGAUCACAGAAUGCGCGGCGCGAUGGGCAUCGUACCACCCUCCAUCUCCACCUCCUGCACCCACAACAGCGCCGGCGUCAUCCUCCAAGGCGGCAGCGUCUCCUCUGUUCCCAAGCAUCGCAGUGCAGUUCGAGAUGAGGGGCGUAGUGCUCUUGGUCCUACCUAGCGGCCCUGCACCAUUGGACGCAUUCCACGCCAAGCCCUUGGUUCCUCCAUCUCUCCCCCAUGGCUUCCUACGCCUCCACCUCGACACGCUCAAGGCUUCCGCGGCCAUCGACACGAAGUCUGUCUCGUCGUCGCUCACUUUGUCGGAUAUGUCCGUAUUCUCCUUCAUCCCAUCGAUGACAGGCGAACAACAGGCACGACCCAUCCUCAUCGUGGACCCAAAUGCUACUGCACAGUACUCAUCCGCCCACAUUCACCCUCAAUCUGGCGCCGUACCAGAGUUGCCGAUAUUUGAGGUGCCGAACUGGCCGAUCAAUGCUGGGCCACGCGUAUCGGCGUGGCGGACGAAGAACAAGAACAAGCAGGCGGUUGAAGGCAUCAAGGUUUCUGCGAUUAUGGCGCGCGCAUCUCUGCAGCUGGGCGCGAAGGAGAAGCAGGCGAAGAACGAUAGCAAUGUCGCCGUCACCUUCGCGCCGUUGUCGCUCUUCGUCGACCUGGACGCCCUGCAUUUGGAUUCGAUCACGAAGUUUGUCGAGGAGAUGUCUUCUUCGACUCCUUCGCCGCGACCUGCAACUGGCGAGGCAGGGUACGGGUCCGACUCGGACGGGGAGACGCCUCCAGCGACGCCGAAGCCUGCGCCUGCUGUAUCGGAGCGCGAACGGGAGAGGCGGAGGUUGGAGAAGAUGCCACCCCUCAAUGCUUCCGUGAGGUUGCCUCUCAUCCGCGUCCACGUACGGUGCCCACCACCGCCAGGAAAGCAGCCGCGCUCUGGGACACUGGUACUCGAUUUGCACGAUGUGGGCCUUUCAAAUCGCGACGACGCUCCUCGGGCCACGGGCGCGCGAUUUGCCACAUCGACGUCGGUUACGCCACCUCUAGACGCUUUCUUGAGCGCAAAGUGUCGCCGAAUUCUCGUGGGGACGACAUACGCUCAAGAUGCUAAGGCCUCGGGCUUCGAAGCAGACGAAGGUCCACCUGCGUUAUGCCCCCGAAUAUCAUUUGGAAAAGCCGAAAGUGGGCGGUCCCUCCUGACGGUCGAUAUACCAUCGGCGUACAUCCACGCAACGAAGCCUUCGGUAGAUGGAUUGCAGUACCUAGCGGACGACGUGACGCAAUUCCUCGACCGCACACUUGGCAGCAAGGAUGAGGCCAGAACCGAGGCCGGGAGCAUGAUUGGGAGCGACUUCUUUGCCGGCGGUUCGAGGGCGACGAGCACGACGGAUAGAGCAUCCAGCAGUUCAAGCAGCGAGUUUGUGGUGAAGCUCAAUAUGUCGGAAGCUUUCGUGCGUUUGAUGGUCCCGAGAGAAGAGAGCCGGCUGGAGAGCGCAAGACCGUUCGACUUGAAGGUCUCUGACGCGGACGUCUUGUUAGAGGUCAAGCCGGAGGGCAAGGACGAAACCGUGAUCACCGUCAACCUCAUGGAGCUGGCCAUCAUGAACACCACGUCAACAGGGGCGAUGGACUCGCUCUUGAACAUGACAAGUCCACGAAGCCUGGAUAAGGCACCGCGCGCCAUGCUCAAUCUACGAUUCGUCUCUGCAGCACUACCGGGUACUGGUGCAAAGGAGUCUCGCAUCAAGCUGAAUUUGUUUGGCUUCACGUGCAAUGCGCACCCUGAGUAUCAGUGGGCCCUGGACCUCGGCAGGUUUGUCAAAGCACCUCCAGGAGCUUUUGAAUCUGUCCCUCCGAGCGAGCGCACACGGGUGUCUGUCCAGAUCCUCGACGGCUCAUUGCGACUGCUUGGUCCCAAACAUCCCGGUGCAGCAGUCGUCCACCUUGGAGACUUGGAGUUCUCCACGGAGAUCGUAGACUCGCCGGAGUUUUCUUUCAAUCUGGCCGUGCCGGCCCUUGCUUUCUUCUUGCUGGACGACCUGGCAGACGCGUCUGAGAAUCACUAUCAGCAGGGAGGCGUUGUGCAUUGGAAGGCUGCUGGAUACGCCCUCAUCGCGGAACUGGGGGACCUCGCCUUGACCGUCUCAACUCAGACCGUUGAUGGCCUCCCCGACGCCCAGGUUAUGAUCGAGCGGAUUGGCUUAAGGCUUCACUUGUGCGCGGAUACAGGAGCAGCGAUGGGUGCCUUCUUCCAAGACUUAGCCGCGCAGUUCAAGCCACCAGAAGCUGAGAAGCCACCGAAGGUCAGGGCGCGUCCGAGCAUGGUUGGAGAGCAAACCUUGAGCAAGUCUGCACUUGCGAUCGACGAACAGGUUUAUCGACGGGUGCCCGAACUAGGUCCUGCUCCUGAUCUUAUCGCGGAUGACCUUCCGACCAAUCCUGACUAUCUGGAUGAAUCCUUUGGCGCAGCCGCUGGAUUCCGAGAGCUUCGCGAUGAUGACCUCGAGGACUUCGACGACGAGGGCGAGGAGAUCCCGGUCUAUGCACCUACGGGCUCGCAAGCAGGUGUCAUAGCCAGAGCAGGUGGCGAAACCAUCAAGAUGCUGCGACCCGAAGGGAUCAAUAUCGUGGAGAACUACUUCGACACCCUGCCUCCGGAGUCGCAAACGCAGUCAUCCGACCUAGGUGCCACGACCCUGCGUGUCCGCAUUCGCGAAGGCGACAUUACCCUGUUCCUAUACGAUGGCUACGACUGGGCGCGAACUCGUAAGACCAUCGAGCAGGAGGUCAAGGAGAUGCGCAAGCGGCUUGCGAAAAUUCGCCAGCUUGUCGCCAACGGGCAGACGCAGGAGACUGACUCCGACGACGUCAGCGCCGUGCUCUUCAACUCAGUUCAUAUCGGCCUUGACGAAGACUUUGACGCGCUCGAGCCUGGCGCACUCAUCGCCGCCAUUGACGAAGAGCUCCGUGAGGACCCGGAGACCGCCAGCCAAAGCUCGUGGCAAUCCCUUCGUGCGCCUGGUCCUUCCGGAAAGCCGAAACAGAAGUCAGUGCGCGUCCACGGCAAGCGUCUCACGCGUGCGAAGGGCCCGUCCAUUGAAUUCCGGCUUCAAGGCGUGCACGCGGACGUCGACCAGUUUAGGCCUGGAGAGGACAUGGUGUCGCGCACGUUUGCGACGGUGCGCGACCUGGAGAUCCUGGACCACAUCAAGACGUCGACGUGGAAGAAGUUCUUGACGGAGCUCAGGUCGGAUGCGAGGGGUAAUGUGCGGGAGACGGACUCGAAUAUGGUGCGGAUUGAGCUGCGUAUGGUUCAGCCGGUGAAGGGAAACUCGGCGGAGGAAGCGAGGUUGAGGGCCAAGAUCUUGCCGCUGCGGCUGCAUGUCGACCAGGAUGCGCUCGACUUCUUGAAACAUUUCUUCAGCUUUAAGGACUCCGAUGCGCCCGAAUCAACUGCCGAUGAUGAUGGCGAGGGUGACCAGACCUACUUCCAGCACGCCGAGAUCUUCCCUGUAGACCUCAAGCUGGAUUACAAGCCCCGUCGCGUCGACUACCGCGCGCUACGCGAGGGUCGCACCAUUGAGCUCAUGAAUUUCUUCCACUUCGACGGCGCCGAGAUGACGCUCCGCCACCUCACGCUGCACGGCAUAACCGGAUGGGCACGCCUCGGCGACACGCUAAACGACCUCUGGACGCCCGACGUGAAGGCAACGCAGCUCGUGGACGUCAUAUCCGGCGUUGCGCCCAUCCGCUCGAUGGUCAACGUCGGCUCUGGCGUUGCGGACCUCGUCCUGCUGCCCAUCGCGCAGUACAAGAAGGACGGCCGGAUCGUGCGCGGCGUGCAGCGCGGGACGACCGCCUUCGUCAAGAGCACCGCCAUCGAGGCUAUCAAGCUCGGCGCACGGCUCGCCACGGGCACGCAGGUCAUCCUCGAGCAGGCCGAGGGCGUCCUCGGCGGGCGGGGCGUCACCAUGGGUGGCGGCGGCAUGUCCGACUCCUUCGUCACUGCCGAAGUUCCCGCCGGCGUCUCCCCCGAGGACCUCGCAGGCAGCUCCUCCGACGAGGACGAGGAGCACAUCAGCAAGUACGCAGAGCAGCCCGAGGGCGUACGGGCGGGCGUCCAGAGCGCCUACCGGAGCCUGUCCCGGAACCUGCACUCCGCAGCGCAGACGAUCCUCGCGGUGCCGAUGGAGAUGUACGAGCGCUCGGGGAGCGAGGGCGCGGUGCGGCCCGUGAUUCGCGCGGUGCCAAUCGCGGUGCUGAAGCCGAUGAUUGGGGCGAGCGAGGCGGUGAGCAAGACGCUGCUGGGGUUGCAUAAUACGCUGGACCCGGAGGUGAGGAUGGAUAAUGAGGCGAAGUAUAAGUCGCGGUGA